ACGCGAGACCUUAAGGAACCGUUCUUUUUAUCCCUCAGGUCUUUUCAGUUUGCGGCCAGUGAAGUCACGACACACACUUCUAACUCCAGAUCCUUCGCUCCGAAUUAUCCCCGUCUUCCACCGCACACCCAGUAAUUGACUCUGAACCAAACGUCCCUGUUCUUGUCUCCUCAAUCUUCCCUCCAAACUGGGUUUAGCCACAGACCAGCUUAGCUUCUCUGCUCCUCUUCGUCCACCCCCUGCCUCAAGCAGCCGCUGUUUACUUUAGGUCAUGCCAGGAAGUGAGCAGAAAGCUAAGAAGGCUGCCCAGAGCACCGAGGACGGGGAAGUCCCCAUCACCGAAGCCCUUAUCACCAAGAGGAACUUGAACUUCCCUGAGGAUGAAGACCUGUCAGAAAAGAUGUUUCACACUCUUGAUGAACUCGAGACUGUCCGCCUGGAUCGGGAAGGGAUUACCGCGAUCAGCAAUUUAGAGGGCCUCCAGAAUAUUCACAGCCUCUACCUGCAAUUGAAUAAGAUCCAGCGGAUUGAGAACUUGGCAUGCAUCACCUCCCUGCGCUUCCUGUCUCUGGCAGGAAACCAAAUCAGGCAGGUGGAAAACCUCCUUGACCUCCAGUACCUCCAGUUUCUGGACCUUUCUGAGAACCUGAUAGAGGUCCUAAAGCUAGACGAGUUCCCCCAGAGCCUUCUCAUCCUCAACCUGUGUGGGAACCCUUGCACCACCCAGGAUGGCUACAGGAAGACGGUGAUAGAAUCCCUGCCACUGCUCUUGGACCUGGACAAACAGCCUAUAAUUGAGCGCUGGACCUCCGACGAAGAGGAUAAAUCCUCAGAUGAGGAGGAGGAAUUUCCGGAGCUGAAUGGCCCGUUCUGCGCAGAGCGAGGGUUCUUCAAGGACUUGGAGCAGGAACUGCAGCAGCAUAGGGAGCAAAGGCAGCAGGAGGUCCUGGCAGAGCACUUGUCCAGGAUGGAGACUCAGCCUGUCCUCACUGACCUGCCCAUCCUGCCUGCAAUGCCCAUGGCUGGGGAUGGCAGCCCUGCUGUUACUGUGCAGCCCGAGAAAGAGUUGGCCCCUAAGGCCGCCUCCUCAACUGAGACCACCUCUUCUACCAUGAAACCAGUGCCCAGGAGCCACAAAAGCUCUGUCCGGGCGAGGAAGAGAGCACCAACAGCCACAGCCACAGCCAAGACCUCUCUGGCUGCAGCCCCCAGUAAGACAAAAACUAUACCCAGAAGAAACACCAAGUAACGCACAGCCUCUGUGCACUUGCCCUCCUUCCCGGGCCCCUUCCUCUCUAGUGGCAGGAGCCCCAGCUUCCAAUAAAGCAUCUUAGGGCUUAGAAUG